AUGAGAAAUCUCAACGAAGACCCCUUGUUACUACUAAACGUAGGAAAUUGUAAAAUCCAAACAGGAACCUUAAAAAUCAUACAUCCCAUAAAUCUGACCCACAUUCAGGAGUCUAUAGACUACCUAACCACUUCCUUUUAUGAUAAAGUAGAUAUUAGAAAUCCAUUAGGAGAUGUAGUUAAACUAAAAGUGAAGAAACUUUAUAACAAUUUCCUCCAAAUAAAACCACUCCAACAUCACCGACUUAGAAGAUGGGAUACGCUGGGUGCAACAUGGAAAUGGAUCGCAGGGUCGCCGGACGCGCAGGACCUCCGCAUUAUAAACUCCACGCUCAAUGAGUUAAUCACACAGAACAACCAACAGUUUGAAGUAAACAAUCAUAUCAACGAAAGGAUUUCAAACCUGACGGGGACCAUCAACAGAAUCAUCGAGAACAUGAAAACGAAUGAAUUAUUAACCAACGAGAUCACAUCAAUAAUCACGAUAAUUAAUAUCGAUAUCAUCAAUAAACUAUUAGAAGACAUUCAAGAGGCCAUCAUCCUAUCUAAGACGUCAAUAUCAACAAAUAAAAUACUUUCGAUUCAAGAAAUCUCUUUUAUAAAGUCAUUAUUACAAAAUCAAGGCGUGACAAUAGACCUCCCAGACGACGCCUUUCAACAUGUAAUUCCCAAAUUUGCAGUAAGCCAAGGGACCCUUCUGUACAUCCUUCAUGUUCCUCGACUGGACAACAAGACAUCCUCCGUUAUUCAGCUGCACCCCUUAGUACACAGGAACCAAAUCAUCAACAACUAUCCGGAGCAUGUCGUCAAAAUCGGAAACACCCUUUACGCUACUAGCAAUCCGCAGCAGUUCGUUCAGAAAGCAGCAUAUUUGAAAGCAAUAAACGACGCUUGCAUUUACCCACUGAUUUUUGAACAACGAAGUAGUACACGAAAUGGACGUCAUCCACGGGGCACUCCAUAACGUCAGAACGACCUGGAACAAACAUCACUAUUUCGACAUAUCAACAAUUGGUAAUGAAACAUCAAAAAACCGGAAGGAAUUGGAACAUGUCUACUUACAACAACAUAGCUUGAAUCUGAAAGUUUGGACCUUAUUCGGCGGAUUCUCAUUAACCAGCAUUACUUCUCUUUUCAUUGUUCUCAUGAUCAUCAAAAUUUACUUCAAGAAUAGAGCAAACGGAUCGGGACGAUCCUCACUUAGGGAGAGACCAGUUACCGAGGCAACCGACUUCAACCCUAAAUCCCAGGAACAACACAUAUCGCAAAGGCUCGAGCAAAUACAACAACAACAACAACAGAUAGCGACAUCAUUGGCAUCGUUAGAAUCAGGCAACAAGUCAACAGACACACAAUUCUGCACUCCGUAACCCGACGCCAGAGCCAGCACCGGCACCAAGAAUGCAGACUCGACAUACACGAGCGACGGCGAGCCGAACAUAACACCUAGGAAUCCCAGAAAGUGCUUUAUCAAUAAGUUCCAUUUAGAUUAGCU